UAGAGGUCACUCUUGGAAUUGGGCAAUAAUUUGUUUACCUUUCGCCAGUUUAAGCUUUUCGGUGGUUUUCGAGCGGUAAAGUGACUGAGGAGCCGCGGCGUGAAUUGUGCGAAGGAUCGAGGGACGCCAGUUGAUUUGCCGGAGUUUGACGAACUUUUCGAGUGUGCGUGUGUGCCUGGAGUGUAAAAAAAAAGAAGAACGCGAAUUAAAGGUAAAACGGCGAAGGUGAAGAGCGAACAGGAUAACGAAAGCUAAUGUGGUGGGCCAAGAGGUGAGGACAAUAAAAGCGGCUACAAACGGAGGGUAAAAGAAAGGAUCCAAUCGAACAACGACUUACAACGAAACUUUCUAACGGGCGGGCGAUAAAAGCCCCACAUUCAACAAAUUCCCCAUGCUGCCCAUGUAGUACAGUGAACUACCAGUAACAGCAACAACUUAACGAACAACAACACCGAGGUGCCCUUAGACAAUCUAUUCGUACAACAUUAACAACACACUAACAACAAAUUGAAAUUAAUAACUGCCGAUUUUUGAACUGACAAUAAAACUAAGCGCAAUUGUAACAACAAGGAACCAAACGAAACCAACCAAAAAAACAAAAGCACGGGAUUUAAUCAGAGGAAAAAUAAAUAAAUAAACACAAAGAAUGGGACGCAAAGUAACGGUGGCGGUGUCCACGUUGAACCAAUGGGCAUUGGACUUCGAGGGCAAUAUGGCGAGGAUACUGCAGUCCAUCCUGGAGGCCAAGGACAUGGGCGCCAGCUAUCGCACAGGACCUGAGCUGGAGGUUUGUGGCUACAGCUGCGAGGAUCACUUUCGGGAACCGGAUACAUUCCUGCACUCGUGGGAGGUGUUGCUGGAGGUGAUGAUGUCGCCCAUCUGUGAGAAUAUGCUGGUGGAUGUGGGCAUGCCGGUGAUGCAUCGCAACGUGGCCUACAACUGCCGGGUGGCGUUCUUCAACCGCCAGCUCCUGCUCAUCCGGCCCAAGAUGGCCAUGUGCGACGAUGGCAACUAUCGGGAGUCGCGAUGGUUCACCGCCUGGACAAAAUCGCUGCAAACGGAGGAGUACGUGCUGCCGCGGAUGAUUGCCCAGCACACGGGACAGCAGACGGUACCGUUUGGGGAUGCCGUGAUAGCCACCAGGGAUACCUGUUUGGGCUACGAGAUCUGCGAGGAACUGUGGAAUGUGCGCAGCAAGCACAUCGACAUGUCCUUGGCCGGAGUGGAGCUGAUAGUGAACAGCUCUGGGAGCUACAUGGAGCUGCGAAAGGCUCACAUCACCACCGAUCUCAUCCGGAAUGCCAGUUUCAAGGCCGGCGGAGCAUAUCUGUUCAGUAAUCUUCGCGGAUGCGACGGCCAGCGGGUGUACUUCAAUGGCUGCUCGGCCAUUGCCCUGAAUGGUGAACUCCUUGCGCGGGGCCAGCAGUUUGCGCUGCAGGAUGUGGAGGUCACGCUGGCCACCAUCGAUCUGGAGGAGAUUCGUGCCUACCGCGUCAGCCUGAGAUCCCGCUGCACAGCGGCUGCAGGGGCAGCAGAUUACCCGAGGAUCCAUUGUGACUUUGAGAUGUCCACGCACAGUGACAUCUUCAAGACGUCGACGCCACCGUUAAAUUGGCCCAACCACACGCCCGAGGAGGAGAUCGCCCUGGGACCCGCCUGCUGGCUGUGGGACUAUCUGAGGAGAUCGGGUCAGGGGGGAUUUUUCCUGCCCCUGAGUGGCGGUGUGGAUUCGAGUAGCUCCGCCACCAUAGUGCACUCCAUGUGCCGGCAGAUUGUCCAGGCUGUGCAACUCGGUGAUGCCCAAGUGCUCCACGAUAUCCGCAAGAUUCUGGCCGAUACGGACUAUACGCCGGAUAAUGCAGCCGGAUUGUGCAACCGACUGCUAGUGACCUGCUUUAUGGGCAGCGUGAAUAGCAGCAAGGAGACGAGGAGGAGGGCCGCCCAACUGGCCAACCAACUGGGCAGUUACCACAUCGAGAUCAGCAUUGACCUGGCCGUAAAUGCCCUGUUGGGCAUAUUCAAUGCCGUCACCGGCUUAACACCCCGAUUCCGGACACAGGGCGGUUGUGCCCGCCAGAAUCUGGCGCUGCAGAAUAUCCAAUCGAGGAUUCGCAUGGUCCUAGCCUACAUCUUUGCCCAGCUGAUGCUGUGGGUGAGGAACAGGCCUGGUGGACUGCUCGUCCUGGGCUCCGCCAAUGUGGAUGAGUCGCUGCGCGGCUAUUUGACGAAGUAUGACUGCUCAUCGGCGGACAUCAAUCCGAUCGGCGGGAUCUCCAAAAUGGAUCUGCGAAGAUUUCUGGCCUACGCCAAGGACAAGUUCAACCUGCCCGUGCUGGAGUCGAUUAUCGAGGCGCCGCCCACCGCCGAACUGGAACCGCUGCAGGAGAACGGGGAGCUGCAGCAGACGGACGAGCAGGACAUGGGCAUGACCUAUGCAGAGCUCUCCCAGUACGGCCGUUUGCGCAAGCAGGCCUUCUGCGGCCCGUACAGCAUGUUCUGCCGCCUGGUGGCCACCUGGAAGGGCGAUCUAAGUCCCAAGGAGGUGGCCGACAAGGUGAAGCACUUCUUCCGCUGCUACGCCAUCAAUCGGCACAAGAUGACCGUGCUCACGCCUUCGGUCCAUGCGGAGAGCUACAGUCCGGAUGACAAUCGGUUCGAUCAUCGCCCCUUCUUGUAUCGGCCCAACUGGAGCUGGCAGUUCAAGGCCAUUGAUGACGAGGUGGACAAGCUGCAGCCCAUCUACACGCCCUCGUCGGCACAGCUGCGUCCGAGCAGCGAGGACCUGAUGCUGUCUACCCAGAGAUCCUCCCAUUUGGACGAUUCGAAGCACUCCUCACCGUUGUCCUCGGCCUCGGCGUCCGCAUCGAUUGACGUGGGCAUUUCCACGGCUGCGGUUCCGCUACCAGGUGCCGCUGCCCCAGGCGGCCUUUCCAAAAAGCCCAGCGGCUACUCUAAGGUGCACGUUAAUGUCCUGGGCAAGAUCAAGGACCGCACGGGCAUUCCCGUCUAGGAACGACAUACUCGCAAAGCACUGGAAUUAUACAAAUAUUUUUUUUUGACCACAGCUUGAUGUCUUUUGCUGAACAACUAAGAAAUCAUAGUGUUUAAAAAAAGUUAUAUUUCACAAAAAAAAAAAGUUUUAUAUAUUCAGCUAUCAGCUAUGUAUGUCCUGUAACUUAGUGCCUUCUAUUGUUCGUAACUUUGUUUGACUUUUGUUUAUUAUUUAAAAAUGUUUCCUUAAAUUGUGUGUAUAUCUACAUGGCCAUAAAAUAAAUUAAACCCCAAAGAAAUUCGUACCCCCUAAUUGCAGAAACAUAGCUAUGUGUUUAAUUGUUGUUGAUAGUUUGUUAGUUUUUUGAGCGAAGUUUAUUCAUAACCAUUUUAACAAAAAUGAUAUCCCAGUACUAGAAGAACAUUUUCCUCUAAAACUUAAUUAAAAUAAGCUGUUUGGAAUUGAAGAAGUUUUAUUAUUAUCUACUUAUAUUAUUCUUAUACAUUUAAAAUGGCCUUAAUAUAACUAAAAUAGUUCAGAUGAUUUGAGUUAAACUAUUAUUAUACAUGUCAUGUCAAGCACUUGACAAACACUAUUUUCCAAAUCACUAAAUACGUAGCUUUAUUAUCAAGCAGCAGCAAAAGACAUUAUCCUGUAUAUAUACUUAAUCCGUAUGUGUAGGCCUAGCCGUAGUCAUACUCAUAGCGUUGCUCGUCCUUCUAAGUCCUUAGUUUUUCAGAUACUUUUCUAUGUAGUCGGCCUUUGUAGCGUCUUUUCCAGUUUGCCUUAUCUAAAAGUCUUUAAUCUUGUCUAAUGCUCAAGCUAAAAACUGGACAAAAAAUUUGUCUGCCUGUCCAAACAAUUAUCUACAACAAUCUUUAAAGUAAAAAACUGGGCAAAUCCUUUGCCACACAUUUAGUUAGGUCAAUCAAAGUCUUUCUUUUGGCUUCACAAAAAAACGAUUACUACAUUUUUUUAAAAGCUUAACAAAGCUUAACAAUGGAAAACAUCCGAGCAUAGAUACGUUCCUUCUUUAUAGUUCUAAAAUAAAUGGAUUAUUAAGUCAAUUACUGUAUCUGACGUAAAAUUGUUAGUUUCAACUGAUUUUCUUAUAUGUACAUAUACUUGUUUCUAAAAAUUCACUUUUAUAAAGCACUGUUUUCUUAAUAAUUAAGAUAAAUUUGUUGAUUAUGAAACACUUUUCCUACGUUUACAAACGCACAACGCAAACUAUAUUAUAUAAGUCAAAUUAGGAACGUCAAUUACAUAAUCUGUGUUUAAAUUAUGCACAAGCUUUUGAACAAGCCCAAAAAAGAUUAAUACAUUAUAACUCACAACUGUUUAAAAAACUCCAUUGGUCUUUGUUUAGUGAAACUCGGACGAGACAAAAUAUAAUAGGUAAACUUUAUUGGUAUACACCUAAAACAACCAAAAAAUGUCCUCUAAAAAUUAGGAAUCAGACCUUUAAAAAUUUAACAUUGAUAUCACAAAAACUUAAUGCAUCAUAAUGCUAAUAUUAUUUGGAAAACAAUUUAAAUGACAACUUUUAUCUAAGCUAAACUUUUGCUUAUAAAUAAAAUGUAUCCAUUUGAACCAGUCAAGUUUUAUUUGUUGUCUCAAUUAAAAAUUCUACUUUAUGUUUAAAAGUAAGAUUGAAGAUAUGUGUAAAAUUCUUAACAUUUUUAGAACACUUUCUUGGAAGAUGACAAAUAUUAUGUUUUUUGUAAUGUAUGUAGAUUUAUAGCACAUUGUGAAUUUGAACACUCGCAUCGGAUCGAUUUAAUGGAACACUGAUUAUACACCUCUGUAGAAGGAAAUAUAUACACCAUACAUUUUUGUAGUCUUAAA